UUUCUUGUCUAGUAAAUGGCAAUAAUUAAAAUUGAAUAUGCAUUUCAAAAGUUUAUGCUUUACAAAAAGGUGAUGUUAUUGAUAUGCAGGGAUCAUUCAAAUUUUGUCAGUUGUGUACAGUUUUGUACAGAUGGUAGCAAGUUCGUUACGGUAAGCUCUGAUAAGAAGGGUAUAAUAUAUGAUGCGAAAACUGGAGAGAAAAUUGGAGAGCUGUCCUUAGAGGAUGGUCAUAAAGGCAGCAUUUACGCUGUUAGCUGGAGCCCUGAUGGUAAACAGGUUUUGAUGCGUUAUAUUAGGACACUUAGCACCUGUAGUUUGGAUACUCUGAAGGACUUCAAUUAUGAAACGGUUGAACCGAGUACAUAAAUGGUCUUAGGGGAGAGUUGAGCAGAAUACUCACAUUAGCACAACAAGACAUUUCUGUAGUUGACAGGGAGAGUUGAAGAGAAAAGGAGAUGGUU